GCGGUAUCUAUAUUAGACCCGAGUUAUCAAUUGCUCAGUUUAAACCGCGCGCGCGCACUACAACCAUCUGUUUGAAAUUAAUUAUUACUAAUAGAUAAUAUGAGAGAACUGAACGCUAACGUAACGGGAAAGCUGAACAGGCGCCGUGCGGUGCCUGUCAUCCACCUGCAGGGGUCCCACUACGAUGUGGGAUAUGACUUGGGAAGAAUUUUUGCUUCCAUGAUCAAGAACUUCAUAGCGACGUACGAAAACCUUCGAGAUUUCGAGAAGGAGUAUAAAACUGACGCCGGCAGAGAUGCAUACGACAGAACCCUUGCAAACAUGAAGAACAGAUAUCCCUUUUACCUAAAAGAGAUGCAGGGUGUUGCUGACGGCGCGAAGGUGCCAUUUUAUCAGUUGUUCCUAUUGCAAAUGGACGACAUCAUGGGCACCAUCAACGACAACCACGUGCCGAGGAACGACACGGGCGGCUGCAGCUCCAUCGGCGUCAACAAUCCAGACGCUGGAAUCCUGGGUCAUACCGAAGACGCAUUCAGCGAAACCCUGAACCACUUCUACAUCAUGUCUGCACACAUUACACCCACACCGGAUGACAGGGCGGAGGGGGCUGUCGAGGAGCAGUUCAUGUCGCUGUGCUACGCCGGUCACAUGCCUGGGUACACGAUGGGCUACAACCAGCACGGACUCGUGUUCUCCAUCAACACUCUCAGCCCCCUGGUGCUCAAACCUGGAAAUACACCGAGGACAUUCAUCACUCGCGCUCUGCUAGCUGCCAAGUCGUUCAGUGAAGCUGAAGAUAUUCUCCGUGACGAGGGCCUGGGCAUCGGCAACGGAUUCUCGGUCAAUAUGCUGUGGACAGACCCUCAGGGUGGCCGCCAGUUGUACAACAUUGAAGUGGCACCCGACCUCAAGGGCGACAGGUCCUUAUUGAACAUACACAAGUACGAUAAAGAAACACUGGUGCACUGUAAUAUUUAUCAACGUCUAAAUGUAACAGAGGUAAUUGGACCCAUCAUAGAUAGCAGCGAGUCCCGCCUAGAGGCAAUCCACAAACACCAACCUCCGCAAAGCCGACGCGAUGUAACCGAUAUACUCUCUGACACGACCGGCAAAAGUUUCCAAGUGUUUCAGGAAAAACCUGAGUCUAUAAUCCAAACUAUAGCAGCUGGUAUAUUCGACCUAGAGCAAAAAACUUGGAGUAUAUACAUAGACAAACCAAACAAAUCGCAACCGGUGGCUAUUCUACCAAUUAGAUUUAAUAUUUAAUUAAGGCAUUUAUUUCUAAGGCGCAAGUCAUACGUAGAGACUUUUUAAACCCACACAUAAAUGACGCGACACGCAGUUAAGGCCAGGGUUGCCAGUUGCCUCUUAUCGACUUAAAAUGCGGUAUUAAAAAUGAGCUAAUAAACACACUAAUGACCUAGUCCUCAAGCUAGGAUACUCUAGGUUAUGAGUAGCCCAUCCAGGCUCGAGCCAAGUCGGUGAAGUUCUUUUCCUACAUUGGCUCGACUGGACCAAUAGUAGUACUAGUUACGAUUGGUUACACAAUCUCAUAUAUCACAAUAAAUAAAAAAACUUUGCAAACAGGGGCGAAAUGAGGGAUGAAAACCGUAUUUUCGAAUUACUAGUUACAAUAAGGUGCCAUAUGAAAGGUCUUUAGUUGUACAAUCCCUUACAGAUUUUAAUUAAUUUAUAUGCGUAUAUUUACUUUUCGACGUGAUGAAAUAUGUCGAAAAAAUACCAUCCAAUGUUAGAAGUAUGUUAAGGAUAGUUGUGAGAUAUGCUUUACUGGUGUAACGGAACAUCCAGUGAUAGUAUUCAUGAAACUGAUCAACUUUCCCAAAGAGCAUAGUCGAAGUAUGGAAAUAAUUUUGAAUUUUUUAUACUAAAUCUAUUAUAUAAUUAUAACACCAACUAGCUUCAAAACCUCUUUUAAAUCCUAUUACCUCUUCUUUUAGUAUUAUUUUCCUUCAUUUUCCCUCGUCAUUCUCUCCUGUUGUGUGUGUGCUCUUAAAUAUGAGUUUGUUUAUGUAUAUUCUUGUUUAUACAUAUGUUUGUAUACAUUAGUAUCUAUAUAACAGUGCGCCGCCUGCCCUUUGUCUUUUUUUCAAUGUCCUCUACCCAAAGGUUGUCUGGUAGAGAUUGCUUAGCAAUAAGUCCGCCUUUUGUAUCACUUCUCAUUAAUAUUUACUGUAUUUAUUUUUUAUUUUUUUAUUAUCAUUUAUUUUUAUACAACUUAGAAUGGCAAAUAAGCUGACGGUCCACCUGAUGGAAAGUGGUAACCGUCGCCUAUAGACACGAGCAGUACCAUGGACAUAACAGAGUAUACUGUUUCGUCCAUGAUACCCCCCAUGUGUUGCCAUUCCUGAGGGCUCAGGUGUUAUUCCUCUGUACCCUGUAAAUUCACGCCAUAUCCCACCCUUCAAACCGAAACACAGCCAUGCAAACACAACUGCUUCACGGUAGAAACACGAAUGGAACAGAGGCACCCAAGUAAUCGACUUUUGUACAAAGUCUCCCUCUGUAUUUUUUUACUUGGUGCAAUAAAUUGUAAAAUAAAUAAAUAUAUGACUGAGCGAUUUGUAUAAAAUGUUCAAUAAUUAUUUUCACAUUUCAAGCUUGCUCUUUGAGGAAACUUUGUGUACAUUUUAAUCUGUACUGUAUUUCACUUGAAUUGUUUAUAUUUCAUUGUUUAUUUUUAUGCUUUUUGAUGCAAUAAAGAAUUAAACAAAUAAAGUUAUUUAGUUUCCUAUUAACUAUCUCCAAAUCUAGUCGACACCAGAUACUUUGUGUAUCAAUUUACAUUUUUGUCUAAUUUUCCGAUGACGAAAAACAUAGGUAUUUAUUACCUGAAUUACUCGAGAGAAGGCAGGAAGCUCGCCCCGGCCAUGUUGAAUCCAAAUAUGCCCCGUGAAAUAUGGACAUGCCGAGUGUUUAGUGCACGCGUUGUCGGGUCACAAUCAUGAGCGUUAGUAACAAUCAGGAGAUUAAUCGCCCCCCCCCCCCCCUCCUAACAGUUAAUACCCUGUUAUAUUGCUGUAAUACUACAGUCGUGAGCAUUUAUUUUAUUUUUUGUACAACAUAUAUUAAUAGAUUGGGUAAAAAUAUUUUUCUACCGAGCGGGCGUCUGGCAACACUGGCUGAGGCACAGCUGUUUUCGGCAAUUCGGCAUUCAUCCAACCGCCUGAUUCUGAUACGAGCCAUAGUAGGGAAGGGCGAUACAUAUUAUCAUAUAGCUGUAACUUUAUUAUAUAAUUAUUGAUUUUCUUAUAAUAUAACAUUUAUUUCUAUUUAUUUGCAUGUCACACAGUAUAGAUUAAUUGUUACAGUAUAAUAAAAUAUAAGUAUAGUUACAGAUAAGCACGUAAAACAUCAUUUCCAAAGAGAAAAGCGUUCACAUUUAUUUAUAAGAAUUAGAUUUAUAUACUAUUAUCAUGCUUUACUUAUUUAUUGUAUUAUUACAUUUUAAAUCUUAUUACAAUUGCAUACGUCAUAUGUCAUACAAUUACAUAUUUAUUGUUAAAAAAAAUAUAUUUUAUAAUGUAUUUUAUUUGUAUUUAAAUUGUUGUAAUCUUGCGAAUAUAAAUUGUUUUUAAUUGUUAUAAUUAUAUUUCUAUUGCAAAAAGCAUGUAUUUUUAUUUAUAUUAUUAUAUUAGGAAUAAAUAUUUUAUUGUUUUAAC